AUGGCUGUUAUUGGAGCUCACAUAACCAUCUCUUAUGAAAACUUGUUUGUUUAUCUAGGGCCCUGCAAGUCCCCUUUACAAAAGUCAGACUUAACUAUUCAUUUGUGUGCUGAAGCUGUUCUUCUCCAGCACUUCUUGGCAUCCUUUCUAGAACUGAGUGUGGUCUGCUCUGGCCAUGCUCUUGGAAUUAGCUGUCCCAGACGAUUUGCUCACAUGAGGUUCGGCUCUCUUUAUUUUACAGUGAUACCAUUGUUUGACUUUUUAUUUAUUUAUAGAAUCAAGCCUCUGUUUUCAUAUUUUCUGUUAUGUAUGCGAUGA